AUGUCUGAAAUAAUGGAUAUCGACAUGCCAGACCCCACCCCCUGUCCCCCGCCCAAGCCCGCCAACGCGAUGGCGGCGCUCAUGGCAGGCGCGAAAGCAAAGGGGAAGGAGAAGGCGGCGGAUACUGAGGGGGGCGCGCCUAUGGUCAUGAGUGAGGAGGGGCUGAGGAUACUGGACGAUAAGGAGGGGUUGCCUUGGGUCGAGAAGUAUCGUCCGAAUACAUUGGAUGAUGUGGUGUCCCACAAAGAUAUCACGACGACUAUCGAGAAGUUUAUCGAUGCUGGCCGGCUCCCUCAUCUUUUGCUGUACGGUCCACCAGGCACUGGAAAGACAUCAACGGUCCUCGCCCUCGCUCGGAGGUUGUACGGUCCGCCCUACAAAAAGCACAUCCUCGAGCUGAACGCUUCAGACGAUCGAGGGAUUGACGUCGUCCGAGAUCAGAUCAAGAGCUUCGCCAUGACCAAAGUUCUAUUCUCUAAAGGAUUCAAGCUGGUCAUUCUGGAUGAAGCGGAUAUGAUGACCCAAGCUGCGCAAGCUGCUCUUCGCCGAGUCAUUGAGCAGCACACCAAGAAUGUCCGCUUCUGCAUCCUCUGCAACUACGUCAACAAAAUCACCCCCGCCAUCCAGUCCAGAUGUACCCGCUUCCGUUUCAGCCCUUUACCAGAGAAGGAAGUCGCGCGGAAGGUCGACCAAGUUGUCGAAAGGGAAAAGUGCAAUCUUACAGCAGACGGGAAGGCGGCUCUACUCAAGCUGUCCCGGGGCGAUAUGAGGCGAGCUCUGAAUGUUCUCCAGGCAUGUCAUGCAGCAUACGAUACAAUAGAUGAGAACGCCAUUUAUACGUGUACGGGUACACCACAUCCGAAGGAUAUUGAGCGGGUGGUGGAGAGCAUGAUGUCGGACGAGUUUGGGACUAGCUUCUCUCUCAUCACUGCACUCAAGCUGGAGAAGGGCUUGGCACUCCAAGAUAUGAUCACGGGGGCAUACGAACUACUUCAGACGCUGGAAUUACCAAAUCAGAGCCGGAUCUACCUGCUGGAUCACCUGGGGUCGUGCGAGCACAGGCUGAGUCUAGGUGGAUCCGAGAAGAUCCAGUUGACGGCGCUGUUGGGGGCGUUCAAGGUUGCAGUUGAGCUUAGUCAGAAGAGGAUCAAGUGA